AUGAUGCAGUCAGAUCAGCAAAAAAGCGUGGUGGACAAUGUCUCUCCAUUCAAUAUACUAAUAAUAAAGAUCCAUUAUUAUGGCGUUGCUCGAAUAAUCAUGAAUGGUAUGCUUCUCUCCAUCGCCUCAAAAAUCAUAAUAAAUGGUGUCCUACCUGUGGACAUGAUAAAAGGAGAUUAGGUAUUUUGACAGCUAAAGAGUUGGCACUAAGUAAAAAUGGAAAAUAUAUUUCAGAUUCUUAUAUCAAUAAUCGAACACCAUUAAUAUGGGAAUGUGAAAAAUUAUAUCGAUGGCAGACAACACUUAACAGUGUAAAAAAUGGAGGUCACUGGUGUCAAAAUUGUGCAGGUACCGAAAAACUUAAUCUCGAAAUUGCUAAAGAAGUUGCGAUAUCAAAGC